GGACCACAUGUCUACAUGUGCCGGAUGUAAACACAACUACCCACGUGUUCAAGUAGGCCCCUAAUGACUGUGCCUUACACAUGGCUCUACAUUCAGGAGGCAGCUGUUGAUCUGUGCACAUAUUUACUGGGAACUGAUCCUGAAACACAUUUUUAAGGUACAGUCAUGGCAGGUAGGAGCAAAGGUCGUGGAAGAAGCCAGUUUACCUUCAGUGUGGACGCACUGGGUUUUGGAAGGGGAGAUUCUUUACCCCAAUCUACACAUACACCUUCUCCUCUUUUUCCUCCUAUGCAAUUUAGGCCAGUGCCUCUGACUACAGGAGAAGAGGUGGACUAUAUGCUCGCUCUUAAACAGGAGCUGAGAGCCUCCAGCAAGAAUCUGCCAUUCCACAUAAGAGAAGCCAGAACAAAGACAGAUGUGGCGCGUUACUCUGAUAAAUACCAAAAUGGUGAGCCGAAGAACAACACAAUUGAAUGGAGUCCAGACUGGAGCAGACUGCCAAAAGAGCUUUGUAUUAAAGUACGGAAACCCCGAAAAACACUCACAGGUGCUAAGCCACUACUUCAGCGAAAACCAAAAGUAGCUGCUGGCAAAGAAGAGGUUCUCCAAAAACUAGAGACACUUGAGAAAAGAGAACAAGAGCAUCAUUCUGAAGAAGAGGAGGAAGAGGAGAAGAAGAAACAGAAUCAGGAGGAGGAGGAGCCAGAUGUAGAUGAAGAUUAUGAUGAAGAGGAGGUUGAAGAUGAGACAGACUACAUCAUGUCUUACUUUGACAACGGAGAGGAUUUUGGAGCAGAUAGUGAUGACAAUAUGGAUGAAGCUGUCUACUAAUGUAUUUUAAGAGGAUUUUUAUCUGAAGUUCUUAUCACUGGGGAUGCAUAUUUCUAUGAGUGAGAGUGAAAGUAUGUAUUUCAAGAAGUGUCUUAAUUUCAACUUGAAACAUACUGAAUCAGAUCAUGACAAGUGACUGAAUUUAAUUUAAUGACUAAUGUUUUUAAGAUCAGAGAGUCAGUGCUGCUAUUGAGAUGCUGUUCUGUGGUUUCUCAGCUGCUUUACGCAAAUGGCUUGAUCGACAGAUACUGCUGCUAUUCUAACAGUGUGCUGGAAUGUUACUGAAAGACUUUUAAUUGUGCUUUUGAUUUCAGUUUAAGUAUUGUAAUUGGAAAGCUCUGCUUAAAAAGGGGACACACAGAAGCCAUCAUUCCUUUUUGCCAUAUAGGAGAGGACACUACAGACCGUUCAGACCAGUCUGCAUAUUUAAUGCAUCUCAUGUUUACACCUGAAAAUGCCUUGAAUUGCAAAUUACAACUGUAUAAGAGAAACUU